AUGAAGCAUCGUUUGGGGAUCCAUAUCCACGCUACUCUAGGCUCAGUCAUGCACAACAUAAGACGCAGAAGACACUGCAAUACCCAGCUAAGACAAGUAGAAGAAGCAAUACGUGCAAAGAGAAACGGACGCAUUCUUGACAAGGAAGAUACCCCUUUGUGGCAUGGAAAAAGGGACAACUACAAGGAAAAAUUCAGCUCAAAGAACACUUCGGACAACAUGAGAAUACCAAAUGCAAAAUGGGACCCCUAUUUUAGCAUUUGGUUCUCCUCUGCAACUCCCAAAUAUUCCUUUGUUGUUGUAUGGCUAGUGACAAAAAACCGAUUAACGACCGGAGACAGAAUGGCAAAAUGGAAUACAAAUGUCAACUCUGCUUGUGUUCUUUGUGGUGAUCUGAUGGAGACUCGGGAUCACUUGUUUUUUGAAUGCACCUACUCUGGGACUCUUUGGAAAGCUCUAGCUGGAAGACUCAUGGGUACUAGCUUUACGACGAAGUGGGCUGAUUUCGUUGAAGGUAUGUCUCAACCACUCGGCAAGUCGACCACCUCUUUCAUUCUCCGAUAUGUGUUUCAUGCAGCCAUACACUCCAUAUGGUGUGAACGCAACAACAGACGUCAUGGAGAAAGGCACACUCCAAGGGAUGUAAUGUUCAGACACAUUGAUCGGGUUGUGCGGAACAGGCUCAGCACAACAAGGAACAAAUAUGGCGAUGGAUUGCAAACUUGGUUUGGUUUGCGAGAAGAUCCUUAA